AGAAUUUUUAGCUUGCCGCAGGCAAGUUAUGUUCAAGCAGUUAGGUAAUAACGGGCGCUAGCCAAUUGCUUUAGCUAUUGAGCAGGGGAGAAAAUUGCAACAAUUUAACGUUUUUCAGCCAAUGAUUUAGUAUUGGCUUAUAAGAUCUCUCCCACCAGAAGUUUCCCCAGAUGUGUUUUGUGGCCGCAGCGCGCUGAUUCGUGGGAACCCCAGAAGAUCUGAUGAUGUAUAGAGGGUGGAGGGGCGGUCUGAGUGUUUAAGCUUGCAGUCUACCUUCUCUGUAUGAAAAAGGGCGGACAAAUAAAUCAAAGCAAAUACAUUUUCGUAUAUAGCUUCUAGUACAGAGACUGAAACUGCGUUACCCGAGGUUGCUACAGUGCGCGAGGAUGCUGAAAAUGAGAGCUCGGGCUUUGGCACUUUUCUCUGGGAUUUGGCUCGCCACUUUGUUGGUGGCGAUAAACUGUGAGGCGGAGCGUCCGAUACCCGAAGGCAAUCUUCUAGUUUUGACUGUGGCCACGAAAGAGACAGACGGCUUCAGGAGGUUUUUAAGAUCGGCCCAGCAUUUUAACUACACUAUCAAGGUGUUGGGAAGGGGUGAAAAAUGGCGAGGUGGGGACUACAUGUCGGCCCCCGGGGGUGGCCAAAAAGUGCGGCUGCUUAAAUCUGCCCUGGAAGAGAUUAAGGAUGAGAAGAAGGUCAUCCUGUUCAUUGACAGCUACGAUGUGGUCUUCGCCUCGGGCCCAAAGGAGCUGCUGAAAAAGUUCAAGCAGGCUCGGCACAAGGUGGUCUUCUCCGCCGAGACGCUCAUCUGGCCCGACCGACACCUUGGGGACAAGCACCCGCACGUCAGGGAGGGGAAGAGGUUCCUGGGCUCAGGAGGAUUCAUUGGUUAUGUGCCUAACCUCAAAGAGUUGGUUGCAGACUGGGCAGGAAAGGACAAUGAGAGCGAUCAACUUUUUUACACCAAGAUGUAUAUCGAUCCAGAAAAAAGGAAAUCUAUAAAUAUAACUUUGGACAGCAAGUGCAGAUUGUUUCAGAAUCUUCAUGGAGCUAUUGAUGAGGUGGUUCUGAAGUUUGAGGACGGAAGGGUGCGGGCUAGAAAUGUGAUGUACGACACUCUCCCAGUAAUGAUUCAUGGAAAUGGACCUACCAAGCUCCAGAUAAACUACCUGGGCAAUUACAUCCCGACGGCGUGGACAUUUGAAACGGGCUGCACUGUGUGUGAUACUGACCUGAGGCCACUCUCUGGGCUAACGGAGAGCGAGUACCCCGUGGUCCUCAUAGGGAUCUUUAUCCAGCAGCCUACCCCUUUUGUUGCUGUGUUCUUUGAGCGCCUUCUGAACCUGAAAUACCCCAAGGACAGACUAAAACUGUUCAUUUACAAUCAGGAACCACACCACAAGAAACAUAUCAGUUCUUUCCUAGAGGGUCAUGGGACGGAGUACCAGGCUGUGAAAGUGAUUGAUCCAGAGGAGGAGAUGGAUAGCACUACAUCACGCAAUCUUGGCUUAGAUGUUUGCCGCCAGGACAGCGACUGCGAGUACUUCUUCAGCGUGGACGCGGAAGUGGUCCUUAAGAACGCCGACACCCUCAAAAUUCUCAUCGAGCAGAACCGACCGGUCAUCGCUCCUAUGGUGGGGCGCACGGGCAAGCUGUGGUCAAAUUUCUGGGGCGCGCUCAGUGCGGACGGGUACUACGCCAGGUCCGAGGACUACGUGGACAUCGUGCAGAGGCGCAGGCUUGGCGUCUGGAACGUCCCCUACAUAUCCAACGUGUACCUGGUGAAGGGCAGCGUCUUGAAGACUGAACUCUCCGCUAACAACCUCUUUCAGUCUGACACCUUGGACUCUGACAUGACCUUCUGCCACAAAGUCAGAACCCAGGGCGUCUUUAUGUUCGUUACCAACAGGCAUGAAUUUGGACGCGUACUUUCCACUGAAAACUAUCUGACCACACACCUGCACAAUGACCUCUGGCAAAUCUUUGAGAACCCUGUGGACUGGGAAGAGCGAUACAUUCAUCCAAAUUACAGCCGAAUAAUGAAAGACAACUUAAUAGAAAAUCCAUGCCCUGAUGUUUACUGGUUUCCCAUUUUCUCGGACGUUGCCUGUGACCACAUCGUUGAAGAGAUGGAGCACUUCGGCCAGUGGUCAAAAGGGGGAAAUUCGGACACACGGAUCCAGGGAGGGUAUGAAAACGUGCCCACCAUUGACAUCCACAUGAAUCAAGUUGGCUAUGAGAAGGAGUGGCAUAAGUUCUUGCUGGAGUACAUUGCACCCAUCACAGAGAAAAUGUACCCCGGAUAUUACACCAAGUGUACCUCUUAUCUCAACUUCGUGGUGAGGUACAAACCUGACGAGCAGCCCCUGCUCACCCCUCAUCACGACGCAUCUACAUUCACUAUUAACGUAGCUCUCAACAGCAAAGGUGUUGACUACCAGGGUGGGGGAUGCCGGUUUCUUCGGUAUAACUGCUCAGUCGAGGCUCCACGCAAAGGGUGGACCCUCAUGCAUCCCGGGCGUCUCACCCACUACCACGAGGGGCUCCCCACAACCGGGGGGGUCCGCUACAUUGCCGUGUCCUUCGUGGACCCCUGAAACACACCCGUGACUUUUAAAUUCUUUUUUCCCCUUAUUUUAACCACGUUGGCUUUUGGUAGAGAUGCAGAACGAACUCGGGCCUAGUUCUACUUUAAACCAGACAUGUCCAGCCAAAAGACUUGAAAGGGAUGGGAGGGGAGGGUGGGUUUAGCAGGGGUCUGGGAAAUCAGUUGUGUUGAAAUUGGGCAGUUGCCAUGUUUUGAUGAAAAAAGUGCCUUUAGUCAAUCAGUGAAUUUUUAAUAAGAAAUGUUUGUCUCUUCAAAUACAUUGGCAGCGUUGUACUUGGAGCGGUGUAUGUUCGCUGUCAGUUGUACGAACACUCCAAAUUCAAUACUCAACGGUGCUGUUGAGUAUACUAUGCACUAUGAUACUAUGCAAUUCUCAUGUGUGCAAGGAUAAGUAGUGCUCAUGAUAUUUAUUAAUUUUUAAACGAUGAAAUCGUAUGUGAGUCACAAAGAACAAAGAUUGAAUAUGGAAUUUGGGAAUGUAAAUGGACAUUUCUUUUAAUGGUGAAAAUGAGAUGCGUUCCUUUCAGGGCGGUGCAUCUUUUGUGCUAACCGUGAUCGAUGAUAAUGACCUCCAAAAUUCCCAUUGUUUUAAAUGUUCAAUGUUUCAUUCUAUUUUUUAAAAUACUGUAAUUUCGGGGGGG